CUAGGGAUAUUUUGCCCAGGUCCCCUGUGUUUCACUACAGGGCUGCUUCUCUGCCUACUCAUUGCAUCUUAUUCAAUCGGUGUGAUUGGAGCAGCAUGUAGUUAGUAGUCUGAUGCUUCCAUUGAAGCAGCAAUAAGAGGGGUGGGAGAAUGGAACUUCAGAAGUUUGUCUAAUCUAACCAUGCUCUCUCAGGACUUCCCGCCUUCAGGGUCACCAUCUUCAGGACCACCAUGUCCGGCAGGUCUAGGAGAAAUUUCCAAGGCAGACUCUUCUCUGAGACAAGGCCCCAAUCCACGGCACCUGCCGCAGUGAGUCCUGUAAUGUUCACUGCUUCCUGUACACAAAAGAUAGGCCUAUGGAGCCCAUUGUUGAGCCAGUGUCAUUUAGGUGCAGGAUCGUCUCCUGCAUAAUGAGAGCUUGUAAAAAUUCCUAAGAAAAUCAGAUUCCAUGGGUGUUGGCAAGGGGGAGCACUUACCCACCUGGGUACACUCUCAACUGCUUCCUGCUCUUGUUUGCUUCAUGUGUGCAAACUCAGACCUGCUUGCAACCCAAACAGGUUGCAAUGGUUUUUACGUUCCUUGCGUUCAGCUGGGGACUCCUCUUUGAAACUGACUUCAAAAUGAUCUACCUCACGAACGUAAAAUGGGGUUCUCAAAGUUCAUGGAGAAAAUGAAAUUAAAAGGUGUGUGUGUGAAAUAUUUUCAAAAUCCAUGCAUAGUUUUUUAAAAAUAAUGGUAUGCAAUUUUCAUGAACUUGUUGAAAACCCCUAGUAUGCAUGGAUUUCAAAAAUGCUGACACCAAAAUAAACAUGUCUAUUAAUUCCACUUUCCACACAAUUGUUGACAUGCUCUUGUACUUGCAUGGUCCAAGGCAGAUAGAAUUUCCAGGAGUGUUUAAAAACUUGGGGUCAAUGCUGUCUGUGGCUGAAUAUCCAUAUUCAUAUAGAAGACCCCCAGCAAUGCUAAGGGGUCCUGCCUCCCAAUCCCUAGUGGGACCCUGUCCUUUCUGGCAGUCACACGUCAUCAUCCAAGCCCAAUCUCCCUACUGAUUGUUGCUCCUCUCUCCUUUGCUUCUGCCCUCAAACCUCAACCCCUCCUCCCUGCUCCUAAUCCUGAGACUUUAACUGGGAGAGGGAAAGCACCUGCCCAGCCUGCCAUCCCCUGAGACUCCAGGGGCACUAGCUCUGUGCCCGCCUAGAGGAAAUAUCUUCACUUACACCCAGGCCUCUUAACAGCUCCUUUAUCCUGGAACAUCUCUCUUGCAAGUGUCCGUCCCUUCUCCCUGGGCAGCAGGAGUCUGCUUACCUAGAUUAUUCCCAUCAGCAUUCACACCCGCUGAGUUUCCUCCCAUUCCACAGGAAUCCAUCCCUGAUUCCAUUUCCCUCACAGCUACUGCAUUCCCCUCCUGGCUUGUCUGUCUUUGCUUGCUUCUGGCUGCCAGAGUCUUCUGUCCACUCUGAGCACUGGCUCUUGUCCCCUCCUUUCUCUCCAGGCAGCCUCUUGGGCGCCACUCUACUGCAGCUGCUCCCUGUUCGCUUCUCUUUCCCAAAUUUAGGUCGGUUCUGAUCUCUCUGAGCUUGCCCUGUCCUUUGUGCUUAGCCUCGUGGAGCCCCCUCUCCUCCUUGAUGACCUGCCUCCACGUGGUGGCGCUGCACACCUGCUUCGUUGCUGGCCACAUCCGUUCUUUCCUCGGCUGGAUUCCCCUCCUGGCCCUCUUGCUCUGCCCUGGCUCCAGCCUGCAGGUUUCCCAUGUACACUCCCUCCCUCAGUGCCAUUACCUGGUGCCAUGGUUUCAAAUGCUGUCUGGGAUGUGAGCAGGUCCUCCUGCCUAAAUAUCCAGCCAGACACCCUCAUGUACUACACAGAUCCCCCAGAUGUCCACAAACAUCCCACACUCCCAGUUUCCCUCCCCAGCAUGCCAACACCACUGCCUUCUAAGGAGUUGCCUUCUUUUGCUUGCUUAGGUCAGUCUCUGGAUUCAUCUCAAACUCCUCUCUUCACCAGUAACUUCUGUAUAAACAACAAGGGAAUACUGUCGGCUUUAUCUUUUUCCAUCAAAAACUACCCAGGGGCUGGCAAUUUCUUACCUGGACCUUCUGGUCCAGACCAUGCCUACCCUUGCCAGACAUGCAGUGGCUUCCUGGUUUCCUGGUUUUUGCUCUUACCUGUCCCCCCAACCCACCCAAGAAUGUGCUCUGAGGCAGAACCAGGUGGGCUGGCAUUAAGGUGUAGCAGUCAAGCCACUGCCUGCAACGCCAGCAUCCAAUGGGGGUGCCACCCAGUCUGCUCCACUUCCCAUCCAACUCCGUUCUGAUGUACCUGGAAAAGCAGAAGAAGAUGCACCCCAGUGCUUGGGCCCCUGCCACACACAGGGGCAACCUGGAUGGAGUUUGGAGCUUGCGGCUUUGGCCUGAUGCCGCCCCUGGCCAUUGUGACUAUCUGGGGAAUGAACCAGCAGAUUGAUGUCUCUCUGCUUCUGCCUCUCCCCCUCUUUCUGUAACUCUGCCUUUCAAGUAAACCUUUUCUUUUUCUUUUUUUUUUUAAUAAGAGCAGUACCAGAUAAAUCAAGUAGCUCCUGUUUCCAACCCAUGGGAGGACUCCCACCCUCAUGGGAUCAGACAGAAGGCCACCUUCCUCUUGCUGGCUGCUCCUCCAAAGUCUCCCCUCACUUGCCUUCUUCCAACUACAGGCCUCCUUGUUCUUCCUUGAAUUAUCCUACCUGAGCAACUCAUUGCUUUCCCCCAUGUAUGGCUUGUGUCACUUUGCUAAUCCAUCCCCCACCUUUGACUCUUUGGUUCAAUGUCACCUUGUGCUGAGGCUCUCCUUUGUUCCUGUUAAUCAGUGCAACCCACCCAUUCAUACCUUACCUUCCUGGUAACUCCUGAUCCUCCUCAUUGUGUGUCAUGCUUUCUUCGUUUCUCUAGCAAUUAACAUGCAAGGUACUAUGAAUUGUUUAUAAAAUUUAUUUCCUGUCACUGGAAUGUGAGCUCUUCUAAAGAAGGUCUCUGGCUUUAUGCCCUGAUAAUGCCAUUGGAGUGAUGAAUGAACAUAUAGGAAGCACUAAUCUUUAGUUUCAUCUCUGAAAAUGUACAGACCCAACUAUCUGUUCAAUUCCAGUCUGGACGUCAGCUACAACCAGAGGGAGGCCCAGCAGCCACACGAGAGAGAGGGGCUGCAUGGGAGAGAGGCCCAGGGCCUGCGCCUGAGAGACACCCAGGGGCUGCAUGGGAGAGAGGCCCAGGGGCUGCAUGGGAGAGAGGCCCAGGGGCUGCAUGGGAGAGAGGCCCAGGGCCUGCGCCUGAGAGACGCCCAGGGGCUGCAUGGGAGAGAGGCCCAGGCCCUGCGCCUGAGAGACACCCAGGGGCUGCAUGGGAGAGAGGCCCAGGCCCUGCGCAUGAGAGAGGCCCAGGGGCUGCAUGGGAGAGAGGCCCAGGGGCUGCAUGGGAGAGAGGCCCAGGCCAUGCGCGUGCCAGAGGCCCAGGCCGUGCACGUGCCAGAGGCCCAGGCCGUGCGCGCGCUAGAGGCCCCGCAGCUGCACGCUCGAGAGGCAGAGCAGCUGUGCGCGGGAGAAGCCCAGGGGCCGCGUGGGAGAGAGGCCUGCCGGCUGCACGUGAGCAACAAAAAGGAGCAGAAGGAGGAGCCCCAUCUCCAGGUGAGUGGGGAAUGGGGGUAAGAUGAGGGUUAGGGGAUGCUUAAUGCAGCAGGUGCCUUCUAACGAUAGAAAGUUGUGGACACACAGCCUCAAAUUCCCAUGAGGUUUGGCAGAAUGGGGAAUUUACAGCUGUGACUUUGUCCUGUCCUUCAGUGAAUUAUCAGGCUGUCAGUGUUUGGCCUUAAACAUAAAAGCUUAGGACAAAGAUGGUUUUUCAUAAGGCAACUCGAUAGAAUUGCUUUUCAAAAUUUUACAAAAUAUUUGUCUAAAAUAGUUCAGUUAACUAGGAAUUCUAGGGACAUCUUUUCUUUGCUGCUUUUUUUUUUUAAGAUUUAUUUAUUUUUAUUUGUAAGGCAAAGUUACAGUAGGCAGACACAGAGAGAGAAAGAGAGGUCUUCCAUCCGCUGGCUUACUCCUCAGAUAGCUGCAACAGCCAGAGCUGGGCUGACCUGAAGCCAGGAGCUUCCUCCAGGUCUCCCAUGCAGGUGCAGGGGCCCAAGGACUUGGGCCAUCUUCUAGUGCUUUCCCAGGCCAUAGCAGAGAACUGGCUCAGAAGUGGAGCAGCCGGGACUCAAACCAGCGCCCAUAUGGGAUGCCGGCACUGCAGGCGGUGGCUUAACCUGUUAUGCCACAGCACCAGUACGAGCCUCCUCCUUGACUUCUUAAAUUGCUGUAUUUGCAAGUUCAGACAACUCCUUGACCUUCUGGGUGUUUCACCCGCAAUGUCCCAUCCUUCACAGGUCACAAGUGACCCGCAUUACACUGGUACAAGUGAGCACACAGGCUUGUGAAUUGUCAUUUGCCAAGAACUUGUGAUUAAAAUAUCCAAAGCUAAUGUGAUAAAAUAUCCAGAACUGAUUAUCCACUUCUUAUAGCAAAAAUAGCUUCUGAGGGGUCAAACUGUAAACAUGAAAAAAAAAAAAAAACAGGUAAAUGUUAGAACAAUACAGAAUCCAGAACCCUUAAAAUGAAGCUAUACAUUUGAGUACUUAAAAUAUAGAGGAGGGUAAUUUAAAAAGUUCAUAGAAGGGAGAAUUUUAAGUUUGCUUUGGUGCCAAAAAUAAAUUCAUACAUACAAGGGUCUUAAAGUUCAUGGAGAUGUAUAUUAUGAAAACGAUGCAGGGGUUGGCACUGUGGCAUAUCGGGUAAAGCCUCCACCUGCAGUGCUGGCAUUUCAUAUGGGCGUGGGUUCAUAUCCCAGCUGCUCCACUUCUGAUCCAGCUCUCUACGAUGGCCUGGGAAAGCAGUAGAAGAUGACUGAAGACCCUGGGCCCUGCACCCAUGUGGGAGACCGGGAAGAAGCUCCUGGCUCCUGGCUUUGGAUCGGCACAGCUCCAGCCAUUGCGGCCAACUGGGGAGUGAACCAGUAGAUGGAAGACUGACCUCUCUCUCUCUCUCUCCUUUUCUCUGUGUAACUCUAACUUUCAAAUAAAUAAAUCUUAAAAUGAUGCAGAUUUCAAAAAUUGAAUUUUAUAAGAAGCACUGACAGGGUGACAGACAGAUCUCAUCUGCUGGUUUUCUCCCCAAAUGCCUAGUCCAGGUCUCCUGUGAAUGUAGCAGGAAUCCAACUACUUGAGUCCCUCCCCUGCUGCCACCCAGGGUCUGCAUUAGCAGGAAGUUUGAGUCAGAAGUUGGAGCUGGGAAUCAUACCAGGUAUUCCCAUGAAGUAUGCAGGCAACUUAACCAGUAGGAUAAGAGUCUGCUCUGGAUUUCAAAAAUAUUUUGUACCAAAAUAUAUUUUUGAAAAAUUCCUUUUAAAAUAUUUUACUUAUUUGAGAGGUAGAAUGAGAGAGGGAGAGACAGAUCUUCCAUCUGCUGGUUCACUCUCCAACGGCCACAACAGCUGAACCUGAGCAGAUCGAAACCAGGAGCUUCUUCUGGGUCUACCGCUUUCCCAGGCCACAGCAAAGAACUGGAUCAGAAUAAGAGCAGACGAGACAUGAUCCGGUGCUCAUAUGGGAUGCUGGCACCACAGAGACAGGGAAAUCUUCCAUCCUUUGAUUCACCCCUCCAACCUGAGGGCAGCAAAAAGCCAGUGCUGGGCCAGGCUGAAACCAGAAGCACAUGGGAGGCAAGGACCCAAACACUUGGACCAUUUUCCACUGCUUUUUCCCAGGCUGUUAGCAGGGAGCUGGGUCAGAAGUGGAGCAACUAGCAUAUAAACUGGCACCCAUAUGGGAUGCCAGUAUCACAGGCAGUGGCUUUACCCACUAUGCCACAACACAGGCCCAUCCAAAAGUUCUCCCUUAAUUCUACUUGUCCAUAAACUUUUUGAAGUACUCCUUUUUUUGUUAACUGAUGAUACCUCUGAGGCAUUGGGAUUAACUGUAUAGUACAUGUGAUGUUGCAAAUGUCAAUAAAUGAAUUUUAAUGUGUUUGAUUGCUACAUUUGUCAGGAAUUAGUUGAGAGUUUGUUAAAAAUCACUGACUUCUAUGAAUAAAAUAUAGUUAAAUAAUUUUUCAAUUAUAAAAAUUGAGACUCUUGUAAGAGUAUCAUAAACUAGGCAUAAUGGUUUCCAGAAUUACCAUUUUUAAGAAAACAAUUUUUGGGCUGGCGCUAUGGCUCAAUAGGCUAAUUCCUCCACUUGCGGUGCCGGCACACCAGGUUCUAGUCUCGGUCGGGGUGCUGGAUUCUGUCCCAGUUGCCCCUCUUCCUGUCCAGCUCUCUGCUGUGGUCUGGGAGUGCAGUGGAGGAUGGCCCAAGUGCUUGGGCCCUGCACCCCAUGGGAGACCAGGAGAAGCACCUGGCUCCUGCCUUCGGAUCAGCGCGGUGCACCGGCUGCAGUGGCCAUUGGAGGGUGAACCAACAGUAAAGGAAGACCUUUCUGUCUCUCUCACUGUCCACUCUGCCUGUAAAAAAAAAAAAUUUGUAACCCAAGACAUGGCCUCUCUUGACCAUUCAGAUAUAGGACUUACAGAGAACGUGUAUAUAGUCUUGGUUUUGCAAUACCGCUUCUCACUGAAAAACUGCUUUGCAGUGUUAUUCAAAUGCUGACUUUGUAGAACCACCUAAAUCUAUUUAAAUCUUAAAAUUUAGUAAAAUUGCAAUUACUACUAAUAGAAAAAAUAGAUCAUUUCGUAUCAAAAGCCCAUUUCACCGGUCACUUCCUGAUGGCCACUAAAGGCAGUGUAGUGCCAAGGAGUGGGCUGAUUGGAAGAUGGAGAGCCAGAACCUAGAUUUCUAGAAUGUUGGCCUGUGAGCAAGUACCUGAUGAAACAGAGCAAACGCCUUAACAGAAAUAGAUGGAAUAGGGGCCAGCGCUGUGGUGCAGUGGGUUAAAGCCCCAGCCUGCAGUGUUGGCAUCCCAUAUGGGCUCCAGUUCAAGCCCCUGCUGCCCUUCUUCCAAUCCAGGCUGUGGCCUGGGAUAGCAACAGAAGAUGGCCCAAGUGCUUGGGCCCCUGCACCCAUAUGGGAGACCAGAAAGAAGCUCCUGGCUCCCGACUUUGGAUCAGCACAGCUCCAGCUGUUGUGGCCAUUUGGAGAGGGAACUAACAGGUGGAAGACCUGUCUCUCCCUCUCUCUGUAACUUUCAAAUAAUUCUUUAAAAAGAGAGAGAAAUAUUUGGAAUGCCAAGGCAACCACGGGCGUAGACUGGGGACUUGAUAAAAAGGCUUUAAUGGCAACCCAUUGAGAUGAUGUCACUCAGAUCCUGUGAUGUCAUCUUUUCAACCUUACCUCUUGGAGUAACUGGGGGUUGCUAAUGUCUUUUUUUAAUUACAUUUCCCUUUUCACUGAGUAAAUCUCUGCCUUUUACCUUUCUUCAUCCCUAGGAGAAGCUGAGCUUUCGGCUAAAUUGCAGACAUUAUCAGUGACGCCGAGGACUGGCGGACUCUUUGAAGACCAUGUGGUAAAUACCAGGCAGAACAUGGAACACGUUAAAACAUCAAAAAUAGGUUCAGAAGGUACAAAGGUAAAGCUUAUGGCCAACCAUUUCCGGGUGACGUCCCGGCCCCAGUGGAAUGCUUAUGUAUACAACGUGGACUUCAACCCAGAAGUAGAAGAUACUGCCCUUCGUACGGAUUUACUUCUUCAAAACAAGUCAGAACUUGGGAAUUACUUUCUGUUGGAUGGAAACUCGUUAAUAUUACCCAGAAAAGUAGAAAAUGUGGACAAGAUGUUCGGCCGAAAUGAGGAUGAUAAAGUUAUACAGAUUACACUGCGAUUUUCCAAGGAACUCCGACCCAGCCACCCCGAAUGCAUACGCUAUUUCAACAUCCUCUUUCGAAGAGUUCUGAAGUUGAUGAAUUUGAAGCAAAUUGGUCGCAACUAUUACAACAACAAGAAAGCAAUGGAGUUCCAUGAACAUAAGAUGGAAAUCUGGCCUGGCUAUAUUACGUCUAUUCUGCAAUACGAAAACAGCCUUACCCUCUGUGCUGAUGUGAGUCACAAACUGAUCCGAAUGGAAACUGCUUACGAUAUAAUAGUAAGGAUCUAUGAAAACACCCAAUAUGGAGAUUGGAAGAAGAGAGUGGAGGAAGAACUAAUUGGAUCAAUUAUAAUCACAAAAUACAACAACAGAACCUACAGAAUUGAUAACAUUAAUUGGGAUCAAUAUCCUGAAGAUACAUUUAAGAGAGCAGAUGGCAGUGUAGUCACCUUUGUAGAUUACUACAUGGAGCGUUACAGAGAAUGUAUCACUGACUUAAAUCAGCCACUGUUGAGCAGCCAAGGAAAAUGGAAAAAGGGCCAGCAGGAUAUACCACGUGAGCCUAUACUGCUGGUCCCUGAGCUGUGCUACCUCACAGGUCUAACAGAUCCAAUGCGUAAAAACUCAAGAAUCAUGAGGGACUUGGCCUUACAUACACGUUUGGGUCCACAAAGAAGACAGAAUGAACUGAAAGAAUUCAUCAAAGCUGUACAACAAGAUCAGACUGUACAAGAUGAGCUUCAACUCUGGGAUCUGAAAUUUGACAGCAACUUCUUGACAUUCUCAGGAAGAGUUAUGGAUGAAGUCAAAGUCCACCAGCCCAGAGGAUGGUUUGAAGCCAUAAAAAACCAAGCAGAGUGGAUGAGAGGAACAAAAACCCGGAUGCUUAGUGUGGAAACAGUGAAUCAGUGGACACUAAUGUAUUCGACAAGAUGCAGUGAAGCAGCUGAUAAGUUACUAGAUAUUCUAAGUAAAAUUGCACCUGACAUGGGCAUGACCAUAAGUAAACCAGACAAGGAGAUAAUAACUGAUGAAUUUGAGACGUAUAUAUCCAGGUUAAAGAAACUUGACCUGAACCAGAAACAGAUGGUGGUUUGUGUACUACCCAAUGACAAGAAAGACAGAUAUGAUGACAUAAAAAAAUACCUGUGUAUCGACUGUCCGAUUCCAAGCCAGUGUGUGGUGGCAAAAACCUUGGAGAAACCUCAGACUCUGCUGACCAUUGUUACAAAGAUUGUUCAGCAGAUAAACUGCAAACUGGGAGGAGCCCUCUGGACGGUGGAAAUAAGUCUGCAGAGAACAAUGUUCAUUGGUAUCGAUUGUUUCCACGAUAUUGCACACCAACAUAAGUCAAUUGCAGGAUUUGUGGCAAGCACCAAUCAAGAAUUAACAAGGUGGUACUCUGAGUGCGUCAUCCAGGAAGCGGGACAGGAGCUUGUGAGCGGGUUGGACGAUUGCUUGAAAGGGGCCAUCGCUGUCUGGCUGGAAAACAUUCCAUCGGUACCGAUGAACAUUAUCGUGUAUCGGGAUGGAGUGGGAGAUGGUCAGCUCCAGGCCUUGCUGGACCAUGAGAUACCCCAGCUUGUGAAUUGCUUAGAAACCAAUUUUCCUGUCCGAAUCAAUCUCACUUUCAUUGUGGUGAAGAAACGAAUAAACACCAGAUUUUUUCUUGAGCAACAAGGAGGACUUCGGAAUCCGUCUCCAGGAACAGUAAUCGAUGUGGAACUGACCAAGCAUGAAUGGUAUGACUUUUUUAUUGUGAGUCAGUCUGUGACGGAUGGCACUGUCACCCCAACCCAUUAUAACGUCAUCUACGACACAGUCGGCUUGAAGCCGGAUGAGGUACAGCGUUUAACUUACCAGCUCUGCCACAUGUACUACAAUUUGCCAGGCAUCAUUCGAGUUCCUGCUCCUUGCCACUAUGCCCAUAAACUGGCUUACCUCGUGGGCCAGAGUAUUCACGAAAAACCACAUAUCUCAUUAUCAAAGUUCCUCUAUUACAUCUGACCCACAGAACUCUGAAUGAAGACUUGAUGUGAUAUUGACAA